AAACAUGGAAAGAAGCAUGGCUCGUUCCGAAUGUAUUGGUCAUGAAAGUUUGUCUUUAAAAUAAUUUGUAAAGCUUAACGAGAAAACGAAUCAAAAGGAUUAGCGUGGCUUUUGAAAGAGGAAUCGAUGUUCAGCAGCUUAAACAAAUGUGAUUAAUUCAUGAACGCAAUAAAGAAUUUAAACAUAGACGCACUUGACAGUCUUUCAUUUGCCUGAGGAAAUUCCUAGUACAUGAUUAGUUUAUUCGUGUGAUCAUUUCAAUAUGAGGGAUUUUCAGAUCAGCUCGAAGUCAAAAUCGCGCAUCAAGAAGGCAAAAGCAAGUGCCAGGCCCGAGCUGAAGGUGGAUGGAUGGACCAAGUACAAGUUUAAUGAUACAUUUGACCUCAGCCUUGACAGCUUUACAGAUAAUGUUCCAAGAAUAAACUGCAAUAAGAUAUCUCAUGAAGAGUUUAUUGAAAAGUUUGAAAGGCCACUGAAACCUGUUGUUAUCACACAUUGCUUAGAUUCGUGGCCUGCCAUGAGAAGAUGGACUCUAGAGAGGCUGGUUAAAAAAUAUCGAAAUCAGAAAUUUAAAGUUGGUGAAGAUGAUGAUGGUUACUCUGUGAAGAUGAAACUAAAAUACUACAUGCAAUAUAUUAAAACCACAGUGGAUGACAGUCCUUUGUACAUUUUUGAUAGCUCAUAUGGCGAGCAUCACAAACGAAGACGGUUGUUGGAAGAUUACGAAGUUCCGGAGUAUUUUGCCGAUGAUUUAUUCCGAUAUUGUCGCGAGUCAAAAAGACCUCCGUAUAGAUGGUUUGUAUUAGGACCAGCACGGUCUGGUACUGGUAUACACAUCGACCCACUUGGUACAAGUGCUUGGAACAGCCUUAUCUCUGGACACAAGCGCUGGGUCUUGUUCCCCACUCAUACUCCGAGGGAGGUUGUGAAAUUAACUACCGUAGAGGGAGGAAAUCAGAAAGGGGAAGCCAUUACGUGGUUUCAUAAAAUGUACCCAAAGAUCAAAGAUCCAUCUUGGCCUCAGGAGUAUGCACCGCUGGAACUUCUACAAUGUCCUGGUGAAACUGUCUUCGUCCCUGCUGGGUGGUGGCAUGUCGUAUUAAACUUGGAUACUACGGUUGCCGUUACUCAAAACUUUUGUAGUCCAACUAACUUCCAUAUUGUUUGGCCGAAAACUGUCAGAGGACGACCAAAGCUGUCCAGGCAGUGGUAUCGCAGAUUGCAGAAAGAGCGUCCUGAACUUAUUGAGAUAGCAGACAGGAGGAUUACUGAUGAUGAUACUGGGGUCCAGUCCGACUCGUCCAGCAGCUGCUCGUCAUCCUCUUCUUCGUCAUGUUCCAGUGACAGUGAGACUUCAGACAGUGAAGUCAGAGAAGAAAACAAAAGAAAUAACAACCAUAUUAAGAAGAGAAAACGAUCGAGCGAGGAGAAAAAUGAACCAUAUCGGAGUCUGUCAAGCACUCCAAAACAUGCAAGAUAGUUAGCUUUCGCACAAGAUGAGAAUAUAUAUACAAUUACCCAUUUGAAAGCAAUCCUAUUAAGUGUGUAAUAAUUGACUGUAAACUAUAUGAGCCAAUAUACUGUAAUUACCGCUCUGUUUUGAGACAUCAUGGGCAAUUUUUUAUAAAAAAUAGCCGAGCGACUUUUUCUAGAGAUACCUUCGAAUCGUAUCAUGAGUAUGUUAAAAUUCUUAUAACAUAAGAUGUAAUUGAAGCUAUAGAAAUAACUGUAGCGGUUAAAAUUGCCAAUCUAAAGCUGUU